AUACGAGACAAUCCAAUGGUAAUAGAUUUUCUGGAUAACGCAGAUCAAGUGUGACCUUCUACACUCCACAUAACUUAAAGCUUCCAUUUUUUCUGCUUUUGCAUCUCUCUCUCUCUCUCUCUAGAGACACCAAAUUACGUAGUUGUGACUUGUGAUUGCAGCAAUGGGUGUCUCCUUCCUCUCAACUUGCCCUUCUCUGCUUCCACUUGUGGCUUAUGAUGCACCACCCUCCACCAGAUACCAACCUCGUUCAGUGUCCAUUUAUUGUAGUAAAAGCAUAAGCAAUGUUAGUGAUGAAGAGCAAUUCCAUUGGAGAAGGAGAGACAUUCUCCACUGCGUUGGAGCAACCGUUGGCUUGGAAUUGAUUGGAAGCUCAGGUUCGCUUGCUGGAAUGGCUAAUGCUGCUGACUUGAUACAGCGCAGGCAGCGUUCUGAAUUUCAAUCUCAAGUUAGGCGAACACUUUUUACAGCCAUAAAGGGAAAUCCUGAUCUUACUCCAUCCAUACUGAAACUGGCUCUAAAUGAUGCUUUGACAUAUGAGAAGGCAACAAAAUCUGGUGGUCCAAAUGGCUCUAUACGGUUCAGUUCAGAAAUAGGUAGACCAGAAAAUACAGGGCUUUCUGCUGCCGUGAGUUUAUUAGAGGAAGCAAAAAAGGAGAUAGACUCGUAUGCCAAAGGUGGACCCAUUUCCUAUGCAGAUCUGAUCCAAUAUGCAGCACAAAGUGCUGUCAAGUCUACAUUUUUAGCUGCUGCCAUUCGCAAAUGUGGUGGAAAUGAGGAGAAAGGGAAUAUACUGUACAAUGCAUACGGAUCAAAUGGGCAGUGGGGUUUGUUCGAUAAGCAAUUUGGUAGGGCUGAUGCUCAAGACCCAGAUCCAGAGGGGAGAGUUCCAAUAUGGGAGAAGGCAAGUGUACAGGAAAUGAAAGACAAGUUUUCUGCUGUAGGCUUUGGUCCUCGCCAGGUGGCUGUUUUGUCUGCAUUCUUAGGUCCUGAUCAAAGUGCAACAGAAACCUUAUUGGCCAGUGAUCCUGAUGUUGCUCCAUGGGUUCAGAAAUACCAAAGGAGUCGUGAAACAGUCUCUCAGACAGAUUAUGAGGUUGAUCUGAUAACCACUUUCACAAAACUGAGUACCUUGGGCCAACAAAUCAACUAUGAGGCAUAUACAUAUGCUCCACCAAAGAUUGACAUUACCAAACUCAAAUUGUAAAACUUAUAGUAGAACCAUAUAAUCUUCCUCGGAACAGACCUUGAUUUUCUUGUUUUUUAACUGGAAACUUUGACUUUGAAUUCAUGCACAUGGAGUGACUAGUGAGAGAACAAUUUUUUUGUUUAAGAAUCGAUAGCCUCAAAAAAUGAAUUAACUGUUUGCUGAAAAAAUAAAAAAUAAAAAAUUGUAUUUUUGUUUA